UAAGCGGGAUUCCCGGCCUGCCGCUCAUAUAACUAGGCUUAUUUCUGUUUUUUACUUUUUUUUUAGCUUAUUUCAGUUUUUUGUUUUACCAGUUGAAUGUUUUUACACCAUUCAAAAAUUAAACAAUAUUUAAAUAGAAAACGUUAAUAUAAUUUUUUUUAAUUUUCGAUAAAUUAUAUUACCUGGCAAGCCUAUUUUGAUCAAGCUUAACUAAUCUAAAAGGAGGUCGGGCCUUAGAUCGUCCUUUUCUUCGACCGCGUCUGUCUUCCUCAGAACGAUUGAGCGCGCGCAAGAGAAGGAAGCCAGAAAGGAGAAGUCGAAGGAUAGAAAAGUUACGUUCUUGAUCGCCCUCAUCAUCUUGAUUUCUUUCAUUGCAUUCUUCUCGUGAUCUCUUGGUCCAAUCUGUUAAGACGAGCAGCGUAUUGCAAUGUUCGUGCGAGUGCAUUUCUCACCGAACGUUCUGCUUGAUACCCGAUUGAGAUUGAGAUGAAUAACGACGAGAUGGACAUGAACUUCCCUCUUCCUCUGUUUGAGCCACCCCAUGUCUUCUUCUGGUCCAAUGAAGGCAAUGUGAACCGAAGGAAGAGGGGAAGAGAGGAGCAGCCGUAUGCGGCGGUGGCGGCGCCACCGCAGCAAGAUCAGCAGCUUUACGUUUCCUUGCAGUUGCCGCCGAUGUUGGAACCCUUUCCGCUCCAAUCGGAGACGCCCUCUCCGAUUGUCUCCACGGGCCUUCACCUCGCCUUAGCCGACCAAGGGAACAAUAAGAUCAAGAGAGGACAGCCCGAUUCAGUCAUACCGGCUUACUUCUCGGAAGAGCUUGCCGCCCAGAUUAACACGGAGAAAAACGAAAUCGAUCAGUACCUCAUUGCUCAGGGGGAGCAGCUGCGGCGACAAGUGGCGGACAGGCAUCGACGGAACUAUCGCACUUUACUCGAAUCUGUGGGAAAUAAGCUACAGGAAAAGGAUGCGGAGAUCGAGAGAGCUAGCCGCUGCAUUUCGGAGCUCGAAGACCGGCUCACACGCCUCGAAACUGAGUUGAUGGAAUGGAAGAGGAGAGCCAUGACGGAACAGGUCGCAGCAGCGUCUCUCCACGCUCAGCUCCAGAGAGCCACUGUCGAGGCGGCGGCCGCGGAAGCGCGGGCGGCGGCGGUUGCUAAUGAGAACUUCGGCGAGUCGCCGGCGGAGGAUGCGGAGUCGGCCAACGUUGACCACAACGGGAUUGAGAUAUUUGAUAAUUCUUGCCGCGCCUGUUUUGCCCAGCCGGCUACGGUCGUUCUACUUCCCUGCUGUCAUCUCUGCAUCUGUGCUUCUUGCGAUUUCGUCAGCACCAUCGGCGACGCCUGCCCCGGCUGCGGCUGCUUGCGGACCGGAAGCGUUCACGUUUCCCUUGCCUAAUAUCAAAAAUAAAAUCUAAAAAAAAUUAAAAAAAGAAAAAAAAGAAAGAAAUGAAGCAAUUUUAUUUUUUUAA